CCUGGCAGUAUGGCAGUGAAGCUCAGGGCCCUCCUGCUGGUGCUCGCGCUCGGCCUGGCGCAGCCAGCCGCUGCCGGCCGGAAGCUUCUGGUGUUUCUGCUGGAUGGUUUUCGCUCAGACUACAUCAGUGAUGAGGCCCUGGAGUCCUUGCCUGGUUUCAAAGAGAUCGUGAGCCGGGGAGUAAAAGUGGAUUACUUGACCCCCGACUUCCCCAGUCUCUCUUACCCCAAUUACUACACCCUAAUGACUGGCCGCCACUGUGAGGUCCAUCAGAUGAUUGGGAACUACAUGUGGGACCCCACCACCAACAAGUCAUUUGACAUUGGUGUCAACAAAGACAGCCUGAUGCCUCUCUGGUGGAAUGGAUCGGAACCUCUGUGGGUCACUCUGACCAAGGCCAAAAGGAAGGUCUACAUGUACUACUGGCCAGGCUGUGAGGUUGAGAUUCUUGGGGUCAGACCUACUUACUGCCUAGAAUAUAAAAACGUCCCAACGGAUAUCAAUUUUGCCAAUGCAGUCAGCGAUGCUCUUGACUCCCUCAAGAGUGGCCGGGCGGACCUGGCCGCCAUAUACUAUGAGCGCAUCGAUGUGGAAGGCCACCACUAUGGCCCCUCGUCGCCUCAGCGGAAAGACGCCCUGAAAGCCGUGGACACCGUCCUGAAGUACAUGACCAAGUGGAUCCAGGAGCGGGAGCUGCAGGACCACCUCAAUGUCAUCAUCUUCUCAGAUCAUGGAAUGACUGACAUUUUCUGGAUGGACAAAGUGAUCGAGCUGAAUAAGUACAUCAGCCUGAACGACCUGGAGCAAGUGAAGGACCGAGGACCCGUCGUGAGCCUCUGGCCAGCCCCUGGGAAACACUCUGAGAUAUAUAACAAACUGAGAACAGUGGAACACAUGACUAUCUACGAGAAAGAAGCCAUACCAAGCAGGUUCUAUUACAAGAAAGGGAAAUUUGUCUCUCCUUUGACCCUUGUGGCUGAUGAAGGAUGGUUCAUAACUGAGAAUCGAGAGACACUUCCUUUUUGGAUGAACAGCACUGGCAAGAGGGAAGGUUGGCAGCACGGUUGGCACGGCUAUGACAACGAGCUCAUGGACAUGAGGGGCAUCUUCCUGGCCUUUGGACCCGAUUUCAAAUCCAACUUCAGAGCUGCUCCAAUCAGGUCUGUGGAUGUCUACAAUGUCAUGUGCAACGUGGCAGGCAUCGCUCCCCUGCCCAACAACGGCUCCUGGUCCAGGGUGAUGUGUAUGCUGAAGGACCAGGACAGCUCGGCUCUGUCCGUCCGACCGAGCAGCUGUGUUCUGGUCUUGAUUCUCCUCCUACUGUUUGCAUAGAUGCUGCUAUUGUUGUCCCCAAACACUCAGCCAAGUGUGCCUCCAUGGUGGGAUGGUUUUCAUUUUCUAUUCGAAUAAUAGCUUCAUUAACACAAUCAAGGCCACAAAAAUUGUAAAUAUACUAUCCUUGGGUGAUUCCACACAGAAAAAAAAAAAACAUUUUAAAUUUCUUUAAAAAAAUUUUUUAAACUUCUUUAAAACAAAACAAAACACCAAAAACCCCAAGCUUUAUUUCUUCUGGAGGUAAGGAAAACCCUAGCUUUUCAUUGGUUCAACUAUAUGUCAUUUUCUGCAUUGUUUUCAUGCAGUUACUCAGAUGAACUGUCUGAGUACGAGCCCACCCCUGGGGCAAACAGACUUUGAGUGGAUAUUGCAUGGAGUCUUGGGCCCAUCUGUGUCCUGCCUUGCGCAAAGCAGGCCCUUGUCUGUGUCCGGUCCACAGCCAGGAGCCAUCCCUGGGGUUUAUGGCCACAAUCCGGUACUGUUCCCUCCAGCCCAGAAAAAAGAAGUCCACAUAAAAGCAACAGCGGUCUUCUGUUUUGGGUCCGGCUCAUGGAGUCUUUUUAAUUUUAUACCAAGCCCCAGAAAGAUCAUAUCUUGGCUCACCAAUCAAAAGUACCAAGGAUUGAAGAACUCACAGAACAAGGUGGAAGAUGUGGGUGCCCUCCCAAACUCGUGAGUGCACAAAAAUGUCUCCCUUGCCUUGAGGAGCAGAAAGGCUUGCAGCAGACCCAGGCUUCUGGUGAGACUUAGCACAGUCUGUCACAACAUGGAAGCUUGCACAUGGUGGGCCCUAUAUGUGUGGGUGGACUAAUGGUUUUCUCGCCACGCUUUGGAUCCCCAGAUAGAGUAUAGGCUAUAGCAAUACCUGACAUACCAUUACAGGCUGAUACAUCUUGCUGAUGACUUGUGGACAUGUUUGCAGAAAUCUCAGUUCACUGCUUGGAAUGGUAGCACAUUAAGUUCUAUGCACCAGUAGUCUUGGAGCAAGGCUUGUGGAAUAACACCAGCAGAGUGUAUCCUGAGGGACCCAGAAGCCCAAGGAAAAUGGUGGGGGUGGGGGUGGGGUGGGGAAUGGAGAGAACAUGAUGGAACUGAAUCCCAAACCAAUUAGCCAUUUGAUUAGGAAACAGUUUGGUCAAAGUGCCACCUCAGGGACCUAAGUUGUUUGGAAGCCCCUACGAAGAGCCACUGAGCCUGAGUUGAAAUGUUUUCAGUUUAGUCAUCUAGAUUUGCUGUAGGAAAUCUUGUUGUGAAACAAAACAUAACUGCAUGUGUAGAUGAUCAGAGUCACAUAGACAUAUCAUUGCGUUAACUGAGUUUGCACUGAAUGGGGCACAUCUGCAAAAGAGACUUUCUGUCAGGAAGAGAUAGCACAUCAGGUCUCCUCAGGAUGAUGAAGCCCUUUUAGAGCGUUUGCCUUGAGAAAUGAGCAUCAACACUCACCCUGAUUCAAGAGGGUUGGGAGCAUCUCUGAGCCUUGAAUCAUGAGAGCAAAAGAUCACCACUUAAAAAAUACCUAUACCAAAUCUGUCAUCACAAAAGAUUUCUAGGGAUUCAUGUAAUGUAUUUUAAAAGUGCCAGCAAGCCAUCAGAUCAAUUAGGAAGAAGGCAAAUCGGCCUUUGCUAUUUGGCUGAAAGCAAACGGGUGCUCUCAGAACAUUGGGCAGUGGCUGUUGAAAUAAGCAUCCAUUGUUCAAACUGUCCUUAGUCCGGAAAGGACAGUGUUAUAAUGAAUUCAAUGGAGCUCACCUUCUCCCCUUGUGAAGGAAGGAUCACUAAAGAUAUCCAAGUGAUUCAGUUGAAAGAGGAUCAUCCAAAUCAAGAGAGUACAAACAUGCACACAGUCUUACAUUUGUCUUUCCUGCUCUGUUCUACUCAUCCUUAAAAACUUCAAGUUACAUAAAAAAAAAAAAAUCUCAGCUAUUUGUCUGACAGAGUGUAGCUAAUAAAUAAUCUUAAAUAGAUGAAUGAGAGUAAGAUACUUUUGGAAUCAUGAAUAUUGGUAAAUCAUAAAGAAAAUUCAGGCCCUAAAUGGAGAAAACACUUUUUCCUAAAAUAAUGCAUGCAUUUUAGUGGCUUAAUUAUUUAGCUAGAAUUUUUUUCCCUUUGAUUUUUAUUUUAAAGUUACUUUAUUUUCCCCAGGAAGUUUUUCUCUAAAUGUGUUCUGUUCCUUUGGAGUAAAAUCUCGUACAUAUAGACACCUUUUCUCCUGGAUUACGUUGCUACUUCACUACUAAUUCCAGGGGAAAGAUAAUUGGAUUGACCUGCAAAUACUGAAGAUAAACCAAAGGAAUGAUCCUUACAUUAAAGAUGAGAUGAACGGCUGCUUUCCCCGCCCAAUGUCUAAUCUCCAGGGCCCAAUUCAAUUAAGUUCUGAAGACCUAAGCAUAAAUUAGAACAGACCCAGGGACUUCUUUCUAGCCUCGAGGAAUCCUGAUUAUAGAGCCCCAACUCUUUCUACUUUUAAAGAGAACUUGGAAAUCCACAUCGAUCUGAGUUCAGUCACUGAUGGCCAUUUGCAAACUUCCUGGGAUUGUAAGCAUCAUCUGGCCUGCUUCCGGAGAUGUAGGUUUGGAGGAUCUGGGUGGGACCUCAGACAGCACUUGCAGGUUUGGGUUUGCUCUAUGAAGAGAAAGGUUCUGGUUAGAGCUUGGUAGACCUGGGUCUGCUGACAGCAAUUUCAUAAUCCUCCAGUUUCUCCAGAGGCCAUCGGACUGGUAUCGACUACCGGUCCCAGCUGGGUCAAGCUUCCAGCCCUCUCUAAGCCAAAGCAGAUCCGCAAGCCCCAGAGAGGGAGAGGGGCACCCAGAGGGGCAAACUUUGCUUCUCCACACUCUGUUCCCGUGAGUCUAGGGUUCCCAAGAGCACUAUCACACAAACUCAUUGUUGAAGACAUAGGCCUAUUUUAUGGAUUUUUCUAAAAAAAAAAAAGUGUUUUUUGCAUUUCUGUAAAUAUCAAAAGACUUCCAAAUGUGAUUGUGUGUUUAAUCUUAAACAAUUUUUGAUAGACCAAAGUCAGCUCUUGUAAACUACUUGCUCGAAGGAAGGGAGGUGGUAGUCUUGGCAGACUGGUUCUAAAACAUGUGAAACUUGGUCUCAGGUGUAUGCUAUGAAAAAUGGACUUGUGUGUGUUGCUUGGAAAUCAUAAAACAGCACCAAGUACAGUGCCUCAAAUGUUUAAUAAUGUUCCAUAAAUAUGUGUUGAAUAAAAAAAUAAAUCUCAUAAA